CAAUGCGUCAAAUCGAAACCGAAAGUUUAGACAGCCUGUCAGUGUAAUCUUUAAAUCAGCUUCACUCUAACCUUCCACACUGUAACAACCUGAAGCAUUUGUGCGGAAUCCAAAGAUGACUUCAGCUACCAGCUUCCUGUUUUUUGCGAUCCAUUUAGCCUGUAUCAGAGCUGGAAAUUCCUCUGGGAAUUUUGUCAAACUGGAGUGUAAUGAAGAGUCCCAUGGGGUUUAUGGUCAGCAGUCAUUGCUGCAGUGUAAUGUCAAAGCUGUUGAGAAAGUGACCAUCUUGACCGUGACCUGGAAGAGGGCGGAAGCUCUUUUGUUGGAAUACCAUCAAGAUAAAUGUCACCUAACUCCUGGGUUUAAAUUUGCUGAGCCAUCCUGGAACAAGAAUAAUAUGAAUGUGUCCUUGUUGUUGACAAAUACCAAGAUGGCCGACAAGGGGGUGUAUACAUGCAUGGUGAGAGCAGACAGUGGUGAUGAUACAGCUACAACCAGCCUCAGUGUCACAGCUAAGUACAUAACUCCAACCAUGAGCUCCAUCCCUGAGACCAACAUCGAAGAGAACACAGCUGUGACCAUUUUCUGCAACUCUACAGGCGGGCAACAGAAAGGGUCGAUCCGGUGGUUUGACCAGUUUCGCAACGACUGGACGCACAGUGCUGAACUGGUGGCCAAGGAGACUGACGAUGGACCGUUCAGCCUCUCCAGUAAAUUCACAGUGCAGAAGGCUACAUUCAGUUCCACAAACUACACGUGCGAAGUGCUCAAUGCCAAUGGUGCCGUGGAGGGGAUGGCAUCAUUUGUGAUCCAGUUUGCGCCGCGAGACUUAGGUAGCAAAGCUGACAAAUUGGAUUCUGAUUCCCCCACCAACUGGCUAGCCCCAGUUGUAGUCAUAGGAUCUCUGAUCAUCGGACUCCUUGCUGCGCUGCUGUUAUUUAAGAGGCGCUCCGCCCAACGUUUUGUGUCAUUUUUGACAGGAGCUCGAAGGCAGUCCACCUUUCCGUUAAUGAGUGACCACCAAACAGAUACCAGGCAUGAUGGAGAUGUUGAGGCAGAAGUCUCCCUCUGUCCAGGUCUAAACAGUGACACUCCACAGGACCAGCGUAACAGUCUCUAGUAAAUUAUUCGUUAACUGGCAGUCUCUGGAAGGGACUGU